AUGUCUAAAGUAUACCCAGACUCGCCGGACGUCACACCAUACUCGGCCCAAGAUGAAGCCGAGGUACUCGACCUGCUUUCGCGCGCCAAACAGGUGGCACCCUCGCCGUCGCGCACCCCGGUCCUGACCUCGCCGUCACCAUUGUCAUCACUUCCUGGCUCACCGUCGACAGAGCUGGAGCGUGCUGCAGCUAGACGGAGGAUUCUCGAGCUGGAGCUUCAAGUCAAGGAGCAAGCUGAGGCGCUCGAGCUCCAGGCCGCGGCCCUGCAAAAGCAGAACGCGUUCCUCUCGCAGAUCGAGGCCGACCGACGCCGAACGACCGCUGUGCGCGGGUCUCGCGGCUCGCGGUCGCCGGGCGCCAAGGCUGCCGCCAAAUCGGAUGCUGUCAAAUCGGAGGUCAUCGAGGAACAGGCCCGUUUGAUUGAGGAGCUUCGGGCACAGUUGGAGUCUGCAGCCGAGGAGGCCGAGCUCAACACUUCGCUCGCACACGAGGAGUCGCUCCUGCUCGAGGCCAAGUACGAGGCCACGACCCGACAGCAGCAGGCGGUCAUUGAGGAGCUCGAAGCAACUGCAGAGACACAGGCCGCGCUUAUCGCGUCGCUCGAGGCAACUGUGGAGAUCUUGCAUGAGGAGCUUGAUCGAAAGACCAAGGAGGUCGACGAGCUUCGUAGUUCGUCCGCGCUCACCGACGGACCGUCUGUCCCUGCGCUUGCUCCUGCGCCGGCUGCUGCUGCCCCCCCCGCAUCUGCCCCCAUCAUGACCAAGGCACCAACUCCGUCUUCGCCCUCUCUCGGUCCCGGUGCCUUUGUGGCGCAACGGGCCAUCUAUCGAGCCCACGCAUCGCCGUCGCACCCGUCGCACGCGUCCCCAUCGCCGCGCCGCAUGGCUCCCACUUCUCCGCAUGGAGUCCACCCUGCAGUCUUUGCCUCGCCGUACUCUUCGCCACUCGUCCGCCAGAUUGGUUCACCGAUCUUUGCUCAGCGCCGCUCUACCGUGGCCACCCGCCCGGGCGCCGGCCGUCCCAUUCCGCGAGUCGAGUUCCAGGCUCGGAUGCACAAGGCCUCUGCGCAAAUCUUUGGACUCACUCAGAUGCAGCACCAGCGCCGUGCCUACCCGUCCAUGGUUCCGAUGCCGGUCGCGAUGGGCAUGUCCCCGUCCCGUGCGGCGCGGCCGCGAUACCCGAGCCCCUACGCUCGAUCCCCCCAUCAAUCCGGAAUGAUAGGCAAGUCUUGAACACACUCUCGUGCUGGA